UGACAUCAAGGAUCAACAAUGUCACUAAUUGGUAGUCAAGGCGUGGUAUUCUUAUUAGUAAUUGCAUUAUUGGCGACAUGUGGUCAAAAUUCCAAAGCUCGUCCAACAUUUGAAAACGGGUUAAAAUCCAUGGUCUAUCUAUCAUCUAAAAUAACCCUACAUCCGGGUUCCGUUUCAAACAAAUACUAUUAUGACAUCGAGUUCCCAAAAGGUCAUAUUGCUGUCAAAAGUUUCAAUGCUGAAGUUGUUGAUGAAGCUGGGAACCCUGUGUCUCUUCAACAAACUUAUCUCCACCACUGGAUUGCAUCAAGAUACUAUGAACGAGUAGGAAGUGAAGAUAGAAAUUAUAAUGCUAAUCCGGGUUUCGACCAAUCAGAUAUCAUUAUGGAUAGGAAUGCUGGAAUAUGCGAUCAUGUUCUUGAUCAGUUUUUUGGAUUGGGAGCUGAAACACGAAAAACAUCCACACAUAUUCCGGAUCCUUAUGGGAUCGAAGUGGGUAAUCCACUUGAAGUUCCUUCUGGAUAUGAAGAGAAAUGGAUGUUAAACAUCCAUACAAUCGACACUCGAGGUGUAGUAGAUGCACUGGGGUGUACUGAAUGCAGAUGUGACUUGUAUAAUGUGACGAAUGAUAAAUAUGGUCAACCUUUGGAUCCCAAUUAUGGGGGAGGGUUGUCAUGCUGCUAUGAUGGAACACAAUGCAAAGUGAAAAAUGGGAUUGAAAGUGUUGAAAGACACCUUUACUUAAAGUACACCGUUAAAUGGGUUGAUUGGAGUGACUCUAUAGUACCUGUUAAGAUCUUCAUGCUUGAUGUGACUGAUACUUGGCAAAACACAGGAAUCCAUGAUUGCCUUGUCGAGUAUGAUGUUGAACAAUCUACCACUGGGAUUUCUGCCAAUGACCACACCAGUACCAGAAUAUCAAGUGUGAAGUUCCCAAUUUCUGGUGAUGUUGUUUAUGCUGUUGGACACCAACACCGUGGUGGCUUAGGUUCUGCGCUAUAUAGAAAGGAUGGACGAGAAAUUUGCUUGUCUAAACCUAUAUACGGUAUAGGAAAUGAAGUAGGAAACGAAGCUGGUUACGUUGUAGGAAUGUCCACAUGUUAUCCUAAACCAGGUUCUAUGAAGAUAGUUGAAGGUGAAACUCUAACUAUGGAGUUUAACUACAGCAGUGAAAAGAGCCAUACUGGAGUAAUGGGGCACUUCUAUAUUCUAGUUUUUGAGUCGUCUAUGGAUUCGAAUUAUUUGGUUAGUUGGUAAAAGUAUAGUAUGAAUACGUGAAAUAUAAAAUAUAUAAAAUAAAGUCAGGGCUGAGAUCACUUGGUUGAUAGAGUAACAUUUAUGGAGUGAUCAUUUGUUGUACUUUUGUGUCGUUCACAAAAAAAAUCUAUUGUACUUUUGUAAUGAACCUCACCACAUUUUAUAUAUAUAUAUUGUUUCCCAA